AACACCUACCAGACCGUCAAUUAUGGCUGGCGCCAGCCGAAUGGCUCCUUUGACGGCCUAAUGGGCCGCUUUCAGCGCUACGAACUGGACUUUGGCCAGCUGGCGAUCUUCAUGCGUUUGGACCGCAUUGCUCUCUGCGACUUUGUGGCCGAAACGUAUCGUGUGAGAGCCGGCAUCAUGUUUCGCCAGCCUCCGCUGUCAGCUGUGGCCAACAUCUUCUCGAUGCCGUUCCAGAUAGAUGUUUGGAUCUCGAUAAUCGUGCUGGUGGUCAUAACUAUUGUAGUGAUGCUACUGGAAAUGCUUUUCUCGCCGCACACGCACAAGAUGUCCUACAUGGACUCACUCAACUUUGUCUGGGGCGCCAUGUGCCAGCAGGGAUUCUAUGUGGAUGUGCGCAAUCGUUCGGGUCGAAUCAUUGUCUUCACUACAUUCGUGGCCGCGCUCUUUCUGUUCACUUCCUUCUCGGCGAAUAUUGUCGCGCUGUUGCAGAGUCCAUCAGAUGCAAUUCAGACACUGGGAGAUUUGGGACAAUCGCCUCUGGAAAUCGGCGUGCAGGACACACAAUAUAAUAAAAUCUAUUUUACAGAGUCUACCGACCCGGUGACCAAAAGUUUGUAUCACAAAAAGAUUGCCACGAAGGGAGAUAAUGCUUACAUGCGUCCGGCUCUGGGCAUGGAAAAAAUGCGCACUGGCCUGUUCGCAUAUCAGGUGGAGCUGCAGGCGGGCUAUCAGGUUGUCAGCGAUACGUUUAGUGAGCCCGAGAAAUGCGGACUGAUGGAGCUGGAACCAUUCCAGCUACCUAUGAUGGCCAUACCCACACGCAAGAACUUUCCCUACAAGGAACUAUUUCGACGACAAUUACGCUGGCAACGCGAGGUGAGCCUGGUAAACCGAGAGGAGCGCAAGUGGAUACCACAGAAGCCAAAGUGCGAGAGUGGCGUUGGUGGCUUUGUGUCCAUUGGGCUCACCGAAUGCCGCUACGCGUUUCGCAUCUUUGGCUACGGCACCGCGCUCAGCUUUGCUGUGUUCAUCUGCGAGCUGAUCCGCAGUCACAUCAAGGGCAUCUACAAGAUAUUCAAGGGUUCCAGACGUGUACAGUAUUAGGACACAGUUUAUUGAUCAUUCGAUAGUUCGUAGCUUAGUAAGAAACUUAAACGGGUACGGAUAGCUCCCGCACCACAGCACGUAGCACAUCCGGCGUCUUAAACUGCCAAUUACGGAUGCACUUGCUCACGCGACACCACGACUCGCCAUGUGUGGGCUCU